AUGGAUAGAAGCUCCCUGUUUCAGCUCAUACAAGAGCAGCAGCUGGACCCAGACAACACCGGUUUCAUCGCAGUGGAGAACUUCACCAGCUUGGUGGAGCACCAUGAGCUGCAGCUGGACCCGUCCAAACUGGACAUGCUGUUAGCCCUGGUCCAGAGCAAUGAAGAGGGACAGGUGUGCUACCAGGAGCUCAUCGAGCUGAUGAGCAGUAAGCGCUCCAGCAGUUUCCGACGGGCCAUUGCUAAUGGCCGCCGCACGCUGCAGAGGGAGAUCCUGCUGGAUGAGACGGGGCUGGGUCUGUACAAACGCUUUGUUCGCUAUGUGGCUUAUGAGAUCCUGCCCUGCGAGACGGACCGACGCUGGUACUUCCACCAGAACCGCCUGUGUCCCCCACCUGUCUUCAUCGCCAUCGUCACCAUCGUACAGAUUAUCGUGUUCAUGUGCUAUGGCAUCAUGCUAAACAAGUGGGUACUGCAGACCUAUCAGCCCGACUUCAUGAAGAGCCCCCUAGUCUACCACCCCGGCCACCGUGCACAAGUGUGGCGCUUCUUCAGCUACAUGUUCAUGCACGUUGGUUUGGAGCAGCUGGGGUUCAAUGCUUUACUGCAGCUGAUGAUUGGCGUUCCUUUGGAGAUGGUCCAUGGCAUCUUACGAAUAAGUCUGCUUUACAUGGCAGGAGUGCUGGCAGGCUCGUUGACAGUGUCCAUCACCGACAUGCGUGCUCCAGUGGUGGGGGGCUCUGGAGGGGUCUACGCUCUGUGCUCAGCCCAUCUAGCCAACGUCGUCAUGAACUGGGCCGGGAUGCGUUGUCCCUACAAGCUGCUCCGCAUGAUCCUGGCGCUAGUUUGCAUGAGUUCAGAGGUGGGUCGUGCAGUAUGGCUUCGCUUCUCACCACCGCUGCCCUCCUCGGGGCCCCAGCCCAGCUUCAUGGCACACCUAUCGGGGGCCAUUGUCGGUAUCAGCAUGGGGCUUUUGAUUCUGCGCAGCUACGAGGAGAGUCUGCAGAAACAGUGCUCCUGGUGGGUCAUCGUCUUCUCCUUCAUCACCUUUCUCCUCUUUGCCAUUUUCUGGAACAUCUUUGCAUAUGAGCUGCUGGGGGUGCAGAUACCACCUCCUCCCUGA